AUGCGUACAUGUAAUCGUUGUCUAUGUUUUAUUCUUUUCAUAACAUUAAUAAUCGUUGUUGUUCUAUCUUAUCUCAUAAACGGUGUCAACGAUUCAUUAAUAUCAUCAGAUAUUUUAAUUAAACAAAGAGAAUGUAAUAAUUAUUCAAGACCGAUUAUAUUUAUUGGUGGAAUGCCAAGAUCUGGUACAACAUUGAUGCGUGCCAUUCUAGAUUCACAUCCAUUAGUCCGAUGUGGGGAAGAAACACGAGUUGUACCAAGAAUUCUUAGUAUGAGAAGUGCAUGGAAAAAAUCAACGAUUGAGUGGAAUAGAUUAAUUGCUGGUGGUAUAAGCGAGAAUAUGCUUGAUUCAGCUGUGCGUGCAUUUGUAUAUGAAAUUCUUGUUCAACAUGGUGGACCGAAUGUUGAUAUUCUUUGUGAUAAAGAUCCAUUUGUUUUAAAACAUGCUGUCUAUAUGACAACAUUAUUUCCAAAUUCCAAAUAUUUAUUGUUAAUUCGAGAUGGACGAGCCGUUAUUCAUAGUGUUAUGAUGAGAAAAGUGACUAUAACCGGUUUCAGUCUAACGGAUUAUAAACAAAAUUUGAAAUCAUGGAAUAAUGGAAUCGAUGUUAUGGUUAAAGAAUGUACAAAAAUAGGAAAAAAUUGUUUUUCUGUUUAUUACGAACAAUUAGUUCUACAGCCUCGAGUUACAAUUGAAAAUAUUCUUAAAUUUUUAAACAUUCCAUGGGUCGAUAGUGUAUUGCAUCAUGAUGAAUUGAUUGAUAAAAAAAUAUCCUUAUCAAAAACUGAACAUUCAAGUGAUCAAGUCAUUAAACCGAUUAAUUUAGAAGCUUUAACACGAUGGGUUGGCCAUGUGCCAGAAGAUGUGAAGGGAAAUAUUGAUAAAUUAGCACCAAUGUUAAAACAAUUGGGAUACGAUACUAAAUCGGCUCAUCCAACGUAUGGUAUUGCCGAUCCACUAGUUAUUAAAAAUACAAAUAAUAUUCAACAGAAUGCAUCAUAUUGGAAUCAAAAAAUGAAACAAUAUGCGAGAAAAUUGCCAUUUCAAACAUCAAAGAAAAGCGUAUGA